GCCGCGACGCGACAAACAUACACGUGUAUCACGCUAUUGACCGCGGCUUCCAAACAAUCGAGCGUGACACAAUAUUUUGUAGUGACGGACGAGAGGAACACCUCUCGCAAACCGCCAAGAUUGCUUCACAAGUGGAAAUGCCUUCAAGCCUGUUCGGAGAACUGGGCGGCGACCUGGUGGAAGACCAGCGCGCGUUCCAGCUAGCUCUCGAGCUCAGCAUGCUAAACUUCCCCGAGAGUCUGCCGUCGAGGAACCCGCUGGCCAGCCCGUUGGGAUUUGCGCCGCAGUCGGACGACCGCACCAAGAAAUCACAGAACAUGACGGAGUGCGUGCCAGUGCCGUCGUCCGAGCACGUCGCAGAAAUCGUCGGGAGACAAGGAUGCAAGAUCAAAGCCCUGCGCGCGAAGACCAACACGUACAUCAAGACACCGGUGCGCGGCGAGGAGCCCGUGUUCGUGGUGACGGGCCGCAAGGAGGACGUGGCGCGAGCCAAGCGCGAGAUCCUCUCCGCCGCCGAGCACUUCUCGCAGAUCCGGGCCUCGCGCAAGUGCGGCGCCGCGCCGCCGCCGCCCGCGGGCGCGCCGGGCCACGUGACGGCGCAGGUGCGCGUGCCCUACCGCGUGGUGGGGCUCGUGGUGGGGCCCAAGGGCGCCACCAUCAAGCGCAUCCAGCACACGACGCACACGUACAUCGUGACGCCGUCCCGCGAGCGCGAGCCCGUGUUCGAGGUCACCGGCCUGCCCGAGAGCGUGGAGGCCGCGCGCAAGGAGAUCGAGGCGCACAUCGCGCUGCGGACGGGCGCGGCGGGCGCCGGGGCCUCGCCGGGGGCGGGCGGCGCGGCGGGCGGCGGGGGCGGGGGCGGCGCGGACGAGCCGCUGGCGCAGCUGUACCGCGCGGGGCUGGCGUCGCUGCUGCGGCCCGAGCAGGAGGCGGCCUUCUCGUCGGCGGGGUCGUGCUCGUCGGGCGGCUCGUCGGGGCGCCUGGGCGACCUGCUGGGCAUCUGGUCGUCGACGGAGCGCGACGAGGGGCUGGGCGAGUCGCCGUCGUUCGAGUCGGGCGGCGGCGUGUGGGCCUGGGGCCCGCCGCGGCCGUCGCCCGCCGUGUCGCCGGCGCGCGCGUGCGGCGUGUGCGGCGAACGCGCCGUGGCGGCGGCGCUGGUGCCGUGCGGCCACAACCUGUUCUGCGUGGAGUGCGCGCGCCGCCUGGCCGCCGCGGCCGCGCCGUGCCCCGCGUGCGCGGCGCCGGCGCAGCAGGCCAUCCGCAUCCGCUCGUAAGGCGAUGCGGCUCUCCGCGUUCCCGCCGUCGGGCUCGAUUUUUUUACUUAAAUCGUUAUGAAAAUAUAAAAAAAAAAAUCGCGUAAUCGAAAUCCUGGUGCCAAAAGUCGGCGCCCCGCCGGCACGGCCCGUCCGCCGCGCCGUACCUAUCGUAAGUCGGCAGAGUUACUCACGAUAUAUUUUCUUAUUAUGAACGUUUUUUAUUAUGACGUCGGGCGACCGUCGCGUCCGCCGCGACUGAGUCGAGGUACGUUACGAUAGAAUUUCGAAAAAAAGCAUAAAAUUUUAAAAAAAAGUUGUAUAAUUAUUAUUAUUAUUGAUAGCAUAAUGAGAAAUCGAAAAUUUAUAAAGCUUACCUAACGUAGUAGCGUAACAUGUAAGAUAUCGUAUUAUAAUAUAAAUCCGCGGGGGGCGCGCGCGCGGGGCCCGGGUGGGCGGCCCUAGUGAAUGUUGUUGAUGAUGAUAGGUAAUGUGAAGUGUGCCGCGUGGCGCCCGAUGGGUUGUUGAGUCGUAGCCGUAGCGGCGUAGCGCGCCGUAGCGGCCCGUAGAGUAAGCGUAGUGUAAUGGCCGCUCCAGCCCUCCCCUCCCGCACCGCCCCCCGCUACCCCGCUCAUUAUUUUGACUAUACGAUAAUUCGCUUAAAUGAUAUUAUACAUACAUACGUACACACUAUGAUUAUGAUAAUAUUAAUAUAAUGUUUGUUUUAAGUGUGUUUUAAUGUUUAGAUUUUUAUUGUAAUGUUUUUAUGAAUGAUUUUUAUCUGUACGAUUAUUAUUAUUGAUUAUUAUUUUAUGUUGACGAUGUUUUUUUUGUGAUUAUGUGCGUCCGCGCAUCUCGGUGUGCGGACCGAGGCUGCCGUAUGCUCGUUUAGUGGUUAAUAUCGAUUAAUAAAUUUAAAGUAAUAAAUAAUAAAGAAAUAAUACGACUCAUUCAUUAUUAAUUAUUAUUAUUAUUAUAAUUAUAAAAUAUAGUAGUUGUAGCGCGACAUUGACUAACCAUUACCUAUUGAUACUUAUUAAGUAUUAUUAUUAUUAUAUAAUUGAAUAAAUUUAAUAAAUGCAUAAUUAUAUUUCAUAGGAAUCAUUAUUCUGUAUAACUCUAGUUAAAUAUAACUAUAAUAAAUAUUAUGGUAUUCUAUUCUAUUGUAUUGUAUUGUAUGGGAUGAAUAUUGUUAUUUCGUUAACGGGGGGCUGCUCUUAUGGAUUCAUAUUUUUUUAUUUUUUUACCGUUAUUAGUUUUUGACUUACUCAUGUAAUGUUACGCGAGGAUUGAAAACUGCCUAUUAGAUUAUAUUUUAAAAAUAAAAGUUUCGUAAGAUCAGCCCCCGACGUACUUGUCUUAGAUCCAGUGAUUUCGAUAUUUUUAUUUUCGUAUAAAAGUGGGUUAGACGCUUUAGGUUCAAAUAACGUUGUGAAAAUUUGUGAAAUUUUGUAGACUACAUAUCUUAUUAUAAAUCUAAUAUAAACUAUAAAUUUCGAA